CCCUGCGCCGAGAGAGAGAGGGCGCUGACUGGACUGGACGGGACGGAUCAGUUGUGCUCGCCAACCACUCAUCAUCAAAGGGAAUCCAAUCCAAUCCCCAAUUCGCUCCGCUCCCCCCGUCGUCCUCCCGGCCAACCCUAGCUUCCCCUCCCCGAUGGAUCCGCCGCCCACCAGGGACAGGGAGGAGCUGGAGCCCGAAACCCGCGCCUUCCCCGACGCCGACGACCCGGAGACCUCCCGAUCGGAAAGCGACGAGGGUAUCCCUCCACCGCCGCCUCCUCCUCUGCGCCAGCAGCUCAUGGGGGCUUGCCGCGCCGACGAGCGCCUCAGGCCGCUGCUCACGCUCAACGUCUCCUGCGCCGCCGCCGACGACCGAUUCAUCGCACACCUCGCGCAGCACUUCGAGGUGUCGGAGGUGGGCAUGCUCGCGCGUUGCCUCUGCAUCCCCCUUGUCUCCCUGCGCGUUGGCAAGGUUCAGAGGGAAGGGCCCCUCCUCUGCCCAACACACAUUAGGUAAUUUGGGCGUUUGUCAUAAUCUCUGAUAUAUGAGGGAAGAGAAGAGGGAAGCUGAAUCUUGUUCUUCUGCCAUCAUCUAGCAUGCGGCUUACCUUUGUUUGUGAUGAUGGGUAUUCAGAGCAACUAGCUCUCUUGAGCAACGGCUUUGAAUUUUCAGAGGUUGUGGUUGAAGAAAUAUCAGCUGAUAAUUCUGGACGCUCUUUCCUAAUCAGAAUAUCAGAAUCUAAAGUAUUUUACUACUGGUGUGCUGAGAAGUCCAAGGAACAUGGAAUGGAACUUCUUACAAAGAUGAAAAACCUUUUGGACGGGAGGCCAACACUCUCUGAUCUAACUGGCAUCUCCAAUUCGCGACUUGAUGCUUUUGCCACUCAUUUACAUGCUUAUCUUCUUGCAUCAAGUAUUGGUGAUGUUAAAUCGUUGGGAUCACUUAAUGACUUUCUGAGUACUUCAAGGUCACAUGGUCAAUAUUUACAGCUCCAGUCAGCUGUUUCCAAAACUUCCAGGUUCCGUGCCUCGGCUACUAGUGCAAUUAAGUCAAGCUCUGCCUAUCAAGCCAGCCUAAGUCCGAGAUCUGGCACUUUUAAAGAUGGGGUACCAAGGGCUUCAUGUGCAAGGGUUGUUGGGAGGGACAAACUGAAGCGUCGUGCGGAAUGGUCGGGCUCAUUAACUGCUCCGCUUGAUACAAAUCCUUUGACAAUUAACCGUGAUUCAACCAGUGAGAAGUGCGAUGCAGAUUGUUCAAAGAACAAUGUUAGCUCAGUUCCGUUGGACAUGCCUCUUUCAUUUCCCUUGUUGCCGCCUAUUUACUCCCUUGGCACUUGUCCCGCUCCUGAUGUUUCUUUGGAGAAACAGUUUAAGCCUUACUAUUGCUGGUGCCCACCAUGCCCAUCAUCACUGCAAUACACUGUCACCCCUUUGCAUCUGCCAGUUACAUCUGUAGAUCCGCUGCCCCUACCACCUUUGAGUUCGCUGCUAGCAAGUGAGCAGCCACCUUCUUCAACAGUUUCUGUAAAGCUGGAUACAACUGAUCUCCCUUCCCUUAAUCUUCCCUCCAUACUGCAUGACCCAUUAAUUCACCUUCCACUCCCCACUUCACCACUUAUUCCACUACAUGGUUCACAGGUUCCAACAUUCACGCCAUUGAUGUCUGAUCCCAUUGUGCAUAUCCCAGUCAUUGAUGUGUGUUCGGCAGGGCAGGCAUAUCUAGUGAGUUGUGGGCCUUCUAUCACUUCAGCAGUUCCCCUGCUCCCGAGCUUGAAGCCUCUGCUGCCAGAAGCAGAAUCGUUAGUCGAGAGAAGUGCAAGGGAAACACUGAUGAGGCUCAUAGCUUCGACACCACCUGCAAGCAAUCCUCAGCUGGCCAACGUGCUACCUGUGGUCAUUCCUGAUAUGCCUGAAAGUAUAUACCGGGCCAAUAAUGUGAACAAGCAUGUUGAUGUGGGCCCCAAUGACAAAGCAUUUGGUACGUCUUGUGUUGCUGCUGUGUUUGGAAGUGGGAUUGCACAAGCUGAGGAUGAAGUUCCAAGCGGAGAUGAUUCACAAGAGCAAUUUGCCGAAUAUGAUGGUACCAGCAAUGAAUGUGAUGUACAGCAUUGCCAGAAAAUAUAGACCGUGACACAGUUGGCAUAAGAAGGCGUGCUGCAUGUCUCUAUGGGGAUGUUGUUUUAGUUUGAUUGGCAGUUGCAUCAUCAUGGUAAAUAGGGUUUUAAGGAUUCGGUGAUUUGAUGCUCUGUAUGCAGCCUUUUGUUUCUGUGCCCAGCCAGCAGGCCUAUCUCUAUCUGGUUGGCAAAUGUAAUUAGUAGCUUGUACUGUGUUUUGUUUUGGCAAACUUGCUGCGAGCCUCAUGCUUAGUUUGGUUCAUUUGUUUAUGAUGAACUUUAGCCCCGUAAUAAAUAAUCGUAUACGCCGGAGCUUCAGCGGAGCAAAGCGAGGCCGCUGUGUUGCCUUUCGUGCAACCAAGAGUGUACAGAAGCAAGCUGCCUUUUAUAUGAAAAAAACUAUUUUUCUUCUUAAAAAAUUUAAUGUUUUAACUACCAAUGUACAUUUAGACAAAUUAUAACGGAAAAAUAGGGGGAAGGAAAAAACAAAACGAGGCCGUCAUAAUAAUUUUGACUGCAACUUAUUGGGUAAUAAUCAUAAUCAUAAUAAUUUUAACGCAGUUUUUUUUGGUGCUCAAAACAAUUUUGAAUGCAAAAUAAAAUGGUGAGUAAUAAAAAAAAAAAUCUUUGCGCUUGAAACAGUUGGCACGUGCAUUGAAGGUUGUUAAUUUGUUACUCCUGAUAGUCGGUCUGGUCUAUAGGAAAGGAUGAAUCUGGGCGGUUGCCGGUUGCAUGCAUGCAGAUGCAGGGAUCUCCGGAGUCUUUAUCGCGAUUCUUCUCUUUGCCGUGAACGACUUGGAUCUCGGCCGGGUACCAGACGAAUACGAAACUCCUCCCAGUAUUCGUAUCAUUCAUAUAUACGGAAUCCGGUUUGCCGAUCUGCAGUCGUAGAUCGAUCGUCUUGGACGAUGGAAGUGGAACGAACGAAUCCAUCGACAAUGGCGGCCAUGGCCAGUGGAGGAGAUGAGACGACGACGACGACGCUUGACGGGACGACGGAUCACUCCGGCAAGCCGGCGGUGCGGAGCAAGACGGGGACGUGGCGCGCGUGCCCUUUCAUCCUGGGCAACGAGUGCUGCGAGCGCCUGGCCUACUACGGCAUGAGCUCCAACCUCGUCAACUACAUGAUCGACCGCCUCCACCAGGGGAACGCCGCCGCCGCCAACAACGUCAGCAACUGGUCCGGCACCUGCUACGUCAUGCCCCUCCUCGGCGCCUUCCUGGCCGACGCCUACCUCGGCAGGUACCGCACCAUCGCCGCCUUCAUGGCGCUCUACAUCCUCGGCCUCACGCUGCUCACCAUGAGCGCCGCCGUCCCGGGCCUCAGGCCGCCGCCCGACGGAGCAGGCGCCGUGACCGCGGGCCAGAGCGCCGCCUUCUUCGUGGCGCUCUACCUCAUCGCGGUGGGCACGGGAGGCAUCAAGCCCUGCGUCUCAUCCUUCGGCGCCGACCAGUUCGACGACGCCGACCCGCGCGAGCGCCAGAGCAAGAGCUCCUUCUUCAACUGGUUCUACAUGUCCAUCAACGUCGGCGCACUCCUCGCCUCCUCCGUGCUCGUCUGGGUCCAGAUGAACGUCGGCUGGGGAUGGGGCUUUGGCAUCCCCGCCGCCGCCAUGGCCGUCGCCGUCGCCAGCUUCCUGAUGGGGAGCAAGCUGUACAGGCACCAGAAGCCGGGGGGCAGCCCGCUCACGCGGAUGCUGCAGGUGGUGGUCGCCGCCUGGAGGAAGGGAAAGCAGCCCGUGCCCGCGGACGCGUCCCUGCUCCACGAGGCGUCCUCCGCCUCCGCGUCCGCCAUCCAGGGCAGCAGGAAGCUGGAGCACACGGAGCAGUUCCGGUGGCUGGACAGGGCGGCGGUGGUGACCUCCACCGAUGAGGACGGCAAGAACAACCCCGACCCCUGGCGGCUGUGCACGGUGACGCAGGUGGAGGAGCUCAAGAGUGUCAUCCGUCUUCUGCCGGUGUGGGCGAGCGGCAUCGUCAUGUCGGCGGUGUACAGCCAGAUGAGCACCAUGUUCGUGCUGCAGGGCAACACGCUGGACCCGCGCAUGGGCUCCGGCGCCGGCGCCUUCAAGAUCCCCUCCGCCUCGCUCUCCAUCUUCGACACCCUCAGCGUCAUCGCCUGGGCGCCCGCCUACGACCGACUCGUCGUCCCCGCCGCGCGCCGCUGGACGGGGCACCCGCGCGGCUUCACGCAGCUCCAGCGCAUGGGCAUCGGCCUCGCCGUCUCCGUCCUGUCCAUGCUCGCCGCGGGGGCGCUGGAGGUGGCCAGGCUCCGCGUCGCCGCCUCGCACGGCAUGCUCGACGACUCCACCAACUACCUGCCCAUCUCCAUCUUCUGGCAGGUGCCGCAGUACUUCAUCAUCGGAGCCGCAGAGGUGUUCACCUUCAUCGGCCAGAUCGAGUUCUUCUACGACCAGGCGCCGGACGCCAUGAGGAGCAUGGGCACCGCGCUCUCGCUCACCUCGUCCGCGCUCGGCAGCUACCUCAGCGCGCUGCUGGUGUCCGUCGUCACCGCCAUCACCACGAGGAACGGCGGCCUCGGCUGGAUCCCCGACAACCUCAACCGGGGCCACCUCGACUACUUCUUCUGGCUGCUCUCCGUGCUCAGCGUCAUCAACUUCGUCGUCUACCUCUGGAUUGCAAAGUGGUACAGGUACAAGCAGGCAACCACAAGUUAUGAACUCAGCAGUGUAUAGAUAUAUAGAUGCAAUGCGUUGCAAGCUACGUACUGAAGAUGAUGAGCCUGCCGCAAUCGCAUAUGUUUUCUUUUAUUAUUUAUUUAUUUACUUCAUUCAAGUUCACCAUGUUUUGUACUACUACACUACAUCGCAUAUAUAUAUUGAUUUUUCA